AUGGCGCCACCCAAAGUGAAACUACACAAAACCACUGGGAAACUUAAGUCUAUUCCUCGUCCUAAUACCGUUAGUUCUCCUGUGGUCAGAGUUCCUGCUCCUGUGGCCACAGCAAACGACGCCACACCAUCCGAAGCGGACCGGCAGUUCGAACUAGAGCUUUACUGGUGCAUUCAGCAGUUGGAAUCGUCUCUUAGCCUUCCACAAGUUCGGGAGAAUAACAAGAAAACUGAAGAUACCACCAAGCUCAUCAACACACUGAAGAGUGGAACUCAGCCGAUCAUCCGGAAACGACAAAUCAUGCGUACCACUUUCGGGGACUAUCGGAGUAAAAUGGCCGCGGAAGAACAAACACUUGCUGUGGAUCCGAACAGUAUACGCUUCGAGGAACCGAAAGAGAAGGCCAGAUUUCAUUUUGUUAAAAAAUCCGCCAUCCUCAAUGGAGACAAAAAUUUUCGAUUCAACUUUGCAACGAAUGGUAACGAUUCUGCACCACCCGUUACGAUAGCUAAUGGAUCGGACAAUCCCGUUGAGCAUCGGAUUGCGGAUACCUCUAGCAAUCUCGGCACCAUUGUUCCUUCCGAUAAUUCAUUUCGGUUUAAUUUCGCUGUUACCACCGAAUAGGUAAUGGA